AUGUUCUCUGGUCAGGACUAUUUUGCGCUGAAUGACGUCCUGAAAGUUGCCAGUGUGCACCCUUUCUAUUCCGAUGCCGAAUACCCUCCAACCCGAGAGGAGAUACCUGCUAUACUCAAAACUAGCCGUGAGGGGAAUGAAGGCCCAUUUGAACUAGCCUCAUUUCCAAUAACCGAAAAGGAGACUUUAUACCAGCACAUAGCUCGCCUUACGGUUGAUAAGGACCCUCGAAAUGGAUAUCGUCGCGGUACAUAUAUCAGUACAACAGGAGGAGGAUCAGGGGGGAAACCUAUGGUCUUUGCGACAGAUUCGCUAGAAAAUCGAAAACAGCGUGCGGUUCAAGGAAAUCUACUGCGUGAAUGCGGUUUGAUUGAAUCAGGCGAUUGGGUUCUCACGCUCCACGUUUCGGGCCAUUUGUACCGAGCAAUAGACUUGAUGACUGAGCUUUUUGAAAAUGCAGGCGCCGCCGUCUUGUGUGCCGGUCCCGAGAUGUCGCAUCAGGCUGUGGUAGAAUCUCUGAUUCAGUUUCGCGCGAAUGCGGUAGCCGGCGAUGUGAGCCAGCUUCUUCAGCUAGCAAACUAUGUUUUGUCACUUGAUGAUGAUCAGAGAGGGGAAAUUUGGGUCAACAAGCUCAUCUACACAUCUGAGUCCAUGACCGAGCUUCAAAGUGACUUUCUCAUCUCGGUCUUCGGUGAAAUUACCAUAUGCUCUGUCAUCGGUAGCGCGGAAGCGGGACCUUGGGGCGUGUCAAGUACGGCAUUGAUGGGCAGCCCAAAAGGAAAGUACACUGACUUCAUUGUGGAUAAAAGAACCAUGGUAUUGGAGGUACUUCCCUUCUCGAUCUCUCAAGAGAAGGCGCCACGCACGUCCUGCAGCCUCACUUCCUGCGCCGAAAACGUGCCAUUGGGCCAGACCGGGCUGCUGGUACAAACUUCCUUACAGCGAUUACGGAACCCCUUAGUUAGAUACCUUUGUGGCGACGUGGCUUCACUUCACCCUCUGUCAUCAGAGUUGCGUUCGAAACUCCCUGCUGGGUGCACCGAUCACUAUCAAGUGGCUCGUGUGUACGGUCGUGAUCAACGCUCCAGCUUUACAUGGUAUGGGGAGUAUUUCGAUUUCCAAGCUGUUCAAUCAUUCAUGAGUAAGGGUGAGUGGAAUAUUGUUCAGUGGCAAGUAAUCUUGCGACACACACAUCCCAAGGGGGCGGGUAUAAUACUCGAUGUGCGAGUUCUACGGGGGCUCCAAAUACCCGAAAAACACGCCAGUGACCAAGAUCUGGCAUCGAGAAUGAGAGAAUUCUUUUGGGUGUUUGAUUUUAACCGUGAGCUAUUUCAUUUGGAAUUUGUUGUGGAAUCAGAUGGUUUUAUACGAAGCAAGACAGGGCGAAAGGUGAUGCGAUUCGUGGACUUAACCAAAUAA